AUGCCUCCGACCACGCUCGCGCGCCUUUGCGCCGUCGUCUUGGCGCUUCUCAGCGUGCUGAUGACGGCGCGCGCGCAACCCCUGGCGGGGCCGCGGUGCGUGAACCGGUUUCCGCAGAAGCCGUUGUGCAAGUUCGUCGACGACCUCGCCGCGUCGCCGCUCACCUUCCUCGACGCGUCGGCCGGCGAGACCAUCAAACUCGGCGCCUACGACAAGUUCCAUCGCGACCUGCCCGACACCAAGGUGUAUGCGUACGGCGUCUCCCGCAGCUCGGCGCGCUACCCGGGUCCCGUGCUCGUCGCGAAACGCGGCACCACCACCAAGGUGAGCGCGACAGCACCUGCAAGGAGAGAGCAGCGUGGCCUGCACGUCGUCCACAAGCAUGGCGGUGAGACGCCAAGCAAAUCCGACGGCCAUCCCAUGGCGUGGUACACAGCCUUCGGGGAGCACGGGCCUGAGUUCGAAUCUGAAGAGAACACCUAUCCGAACACGCAGCGCGCUACGAUGCUGUGGUACCACGACCACACGAUUGGCAUAACCGCUCUGAACAUGGCCGCGGGGAUGGCGGGGCUUUACGUUAUCCGCGAUCCGCAGGGCAAGGAGAGGCGGCUCAAGAAGUGGCUGCCACCCAACGCGCGCACGUAUAACCUCACCUUCCAGUGCGCUGGCCGUGGUGACCACAACUUCAAUCCCCCUCUUGCUGGACCCGUGCUGCCCUUCUACCUGAUCGGCUCUCACGGAGGCUACCUCACCCGCCCCCUGCGCCGCUCGUUCCUGCUCAUCGUCCCAGGCACACGUCAUGACCUCUUUCUCGACUUCAACGCUGCACCGCCUGUGGCCUAUCCCAAAACCUCUAUCGGUUCCGAUGGUGGUUACCUCGCCCGCCCUCUGCGCCGCUCCUCCCUGCUUGUCGUCCCGGGCAUGCGCCACGACCUGCUUCUCGACUUCAACGCUGCACCCGGAUGGUGCCGCAAUGUCAUUGUUGUCAACAGCGCCUCCAUCCCCUUCCCCGUGGGAGGGCCUGCUGACUGGUUCACGGGCGUGGUCAUGCGAUUCAUCAUCAACCAGCGCUCGCCCGUGAAGCCCCCUGCCCUGCCCAAGAGCCUUUCACCUGCUGACUGGUUCGCGGGUGUGGUCAUGCGAAUCAUUUUCGACCAGCGCUCGCGUGUGAACCCCCCGGCUCUCAACAAGCCAACAGCUCUGCUCAGGAGUCUUUUGGCUCUACCCAACAAGCUUCCGCACAUCCCCCCGGUGGACCUCUCGCAGUCGGUGAAGCAGCGCUGGCUGACCAUAGUGUUUGUGAUCGACAAGGCAUCACAGAAGCCGAGCGGCAUGCUGCUGGAUGGCAAGACCUACAUGGAUCCUGCCACUGAGAAGCCCAAAGUGGGCACUUCGGAGCUUUGGCACAUCAUCAACCCGACAUUUGAGACGCACCCCAUCCACCUGCACCUCAUUCAGCACCGCCCCAUCACCCGCCGUCCAAUCAACUCUGGCGGGCUAAUCAACGGCACUUGUUCGCUCGCACCAUCCUCUCCAUUCAAGCCCAGCUGCUUCACGGGGCCGGCCAGGCCUGUGCCGCAGCAUGAGAGGGGGUGGAAGGAUACCACUGUUGCAUGGCCGGAUAUCGUUCUCACCAUCUUUGUGCCGUUCAAGGGGCAGGAUGGCAAGCCGUUCCCGUUUGACGCAACCAAGGGCCCAGGCUAUGUGUGGCACUGCCAUGCGAUGGAGCACGAGGACAACGACAUGAUGAGGCCGCUCAUCAUGACAUCUUAG